AGAUCUCUUCAUUGCGUUGCAGAUAUUUGGUUGGCUGGCCCAAAUAUGGCCUUCAUUGAUGUCAUUAAACUGUGCUUGGAUUCCAUUCGUCAAAUGUCAGAUCACAUUGAAGAUGCUAUUCUUUACCUAGAUGCUGGUUGUACUGAGGCCUUCCAAUUUCUUGGAGCAUUUCCUCUGUUUCUGGAACUUGGAGCCCGUGCUGUAUGCAGCUUAGAGAACAUGUCUGCCCUUGACAUUGUGAUUGAUUGGAACUCAAAUUUCGAUUCUGCAAAGAAGAUGGUAGUCAUCACAUCGCGUCUUCUCAGUGAUGCUCAUCGGUAUAUUUUGCGUUGCCUGAGCACACAUAAAACUAUUCUUCAUUGUGCUAUAUUUACAUCCAUCUCAGAGACAGGUCACUCAGCAUAUGCUGAUUCACCUCUGGGACCAGAAGCUUUUCAUGAGUAUGAAUCCUUGCUCCUCCAAGAUUACGAAGAGCAUGUCAGGAAGUAUGAAAGAAGGGAACAUAGUUCACCUCAACAUGGUGAAUGGAAGCAGUCAGAAGAAGGGAGCAUCAAGGAAAGAGGAGUAUCAGAAGAUGAGGGGUGGUCACAACUUGUUUCAAGUGAAGAGGAGAUCCCCCAUCCAGAAGCUAGUUUUAGUGGAAGAGAUUUAGAAGAAACUAACCCAACAAGUUGUACUGAUGAUUUAUGGAAAAAGUUAGACGUGUGUGUGCGUCAUUUUCCCAUGAUUCUGUGUCCUUUUUCACCAAGAGUAUUUGUCUUACCUUCAGAGGGAACGGUUGCUGAAGCAUGCUUAUCAACAGAACAUGAGGACUCCCUUAGCCCUGGGUUGCCUCCCAUAAGUACUGGGUUGACACCUUAUGGGGAUGAAACUCCUCCGGGGGCUACUCUUACGGCAGAGUUUCUUUACCAUCUGGCUGCCAAGAUGGAUGUGAAGUUGGAAAUAUUUUCUCUUGGUGACUUGUCAAAGAGUAUUGGGAAGAUUAUGACAAACAUGUCAAGCCUUUAUGACGUUGGCCGGCGUAAACGGUCAGCUGGUCUAUUGCUUGUUGAUCGUACACUUGAUCUCAUUACUCCUUGCUGUCAUGGGGACUCACUUUUUGAUCGUAUAUUCUCAUCUCUGCCCCGUAAGGAAAGAACAACAUCCUCUGCACAUGGGAAAGGCUCACAGAUCCAAAACAAACAUGUCCCUGCUAGUCUACAGCGUGCUGCUCUUGAUGUACAGAUACCACUGGCAAAAAUACUUGGCAAAGAAGAAUCUGCCACAUAUGGCUCUAAGCUGCCAGCUAAUGUUGAAGCUUUUCUAUGUGGUUGGAAUUCUAGUAAUUCUGCAUCUCCAACUGCUGAUUUGAAUAACCCUAGUAGCAACAUAUGUAGUGAAAAAUUAUUACACUCUGAGAUUGGACUGCUGAGUGGGUCUUUUGUCUCCACUGAGAAUUAUCAAGGAGUACAUUACUUGGAAUCCAUGCUGGACAGAAGAACAAAAGAAGGGGCCUUACUGAUAAAGAAGUGGCUCCAGGAAGAUAUGCGACAGCAGAAGUUGAUCGUAGAUACAAGAACACGCCCUGGUUUGUCUAAAACAUCAGAGUUGCACACUAUGGUUAAAGCGCUGGCUGAAAAUCAGUCAUCUUUAAUGAAAAACCGAGGGAUUAUACAGUUAGCAGCAGCUGCAGAGCUUGCUUUAAGUGAACCACAUGCUUCCCAUUGGGAUGCAUUUGUAAGUGCUGAGAGGAUAUUGAGUGUAAGUGCUGGAGAUACAAGUCAGAGUCUCUCCGCUCAAAUUUGUGAUCUCAUCAAUAAGAGUGUUUUAUUGAGGUCUCAAAAGAUGGAAUCUUCUCAAGGCCUUCUUUCAUUCCAGGACACAUUACUCCUUGCAAUCAUUGGUUAUAUUUUUGCUGGUGAAAAUUUCCCAACGUCUGGGUCUGAUGGCCCCUUUUCAUGGCAAGAGGAGCAUUUGUUGAAGGAAUCUAUUAUGGAUGCAAUACUUGAAAAUCCCACAGCUGCAAAACUGAAAUUUCUACAUGGAAUUGCAGAAGAGCUUGAAUGCAAUGUAAACAAGAUGAAGCCUGAGCAGCCGAAGGAAUCAACAAUUGAUGAUUUUGAUGAUGACCAGUGGGGUAGCUGGGGUGAUGAAGAUACUGAUCAUAACAAUGAGCAAGUGUAUGGUGACAUGCAACUGAAGUUGGAGUUGCGUGAUAGGGUAGAUAACCUUUUCAAAUUAUUUCACAAACUAUCUGGUCUGAAAAAUAGACAUACAAUUUUAAGAGAAGGCCCAUUAGGCUUAGAAAGUAACUAUGAUAGUGAUACUUACAUGAGCAAAGGAUUGCUAUAUAGACUGCUAACCAUGGUCCUAUCCAAGUUUGACAUAUCUGGGUUGGAAUACCAUUCAUCUACAGUUGGACGACUUUUUAAAAGCGGGUUUGGUAGAUUUGGUCUUGGACAGGCAAAACCAAAUCUUGGUGACCAAAGCGUUCUUUUGAUUUUUGUUGUUGGGGGCAUCAAUGGUGUUGAGGUACGAGAAGUUCAAGAGGCAUUAUCAGAAAGUGGGAGGCCAAAUAUAGAAUUGAUUAUUGGUGGUACAGCUCUUCUCACUCCAGAUAACAUGCUUGAUCUGCUAUUGGGGUCUUCUAGCUAUACAUAAACCAUGCUAACAGAUCAGAAGAGGGGGA